GUUUAAAAUGAUUCACUGGCGAAUCGGACAUUUCUGUAAGGUACAGGGAGCUACUGCUCCAAUCCCAUUCAACUCACCAUGAAUUAUCAGCGUGUGUCCUGCAUUAGAGAAAUGUUGCUAUAGUAAACGAACCGUACACAGGUUUGCAGUUACGGCCGACAGUGUGAAGAGUAUUGUUACAGCAAAUAUUAUACAAAUGAAAGAUGGCGAACGACUCUCCAGCGAAAAGUCUAGUAGACAUAGACCUUUCUUCAUUACGGGACCCAGCCGGGAUUUUUGAACUGGUCGAAGUGGUUGGAAAUGGUACAUAUGGUCAAGUGUACAAGGGUCGACAUGUCAAAACAGGACAGCUGGCGGCAAUCAAAGUCAUGGAUGUCACAGAGGAUGAGGAGGAUGAGAUCAAACUUGAGAUUAACAUGCUGAAGAAAUACUCCCACCACAGAAACAUUGCCACAUACUAUGGUGCGUUUAUCAAGAAGAGUCCUCCUGGACAUGAUGACCAGCUGUGGGUGGGGAUCUGA